GUUUCCCAAGCUUUCUCAAGUGAUGGGGAGACUUGCAGGUGGUUUGAGAACAAAGUUCCGUGCAUUAGUAUCCAUCCUCCCAACGGGUAAUGACACGUCAAUUGCACUUAAGGAGGACCACCCCUCCCCACUGGAUGCAAACUUACUUCGCCUGUUAAUCAAGGCAGUCAUGUCAGCUGAAAUACCAAUCACACUGAAUGUCAAUCCUCAGGAUCUGCAGGUCCAGACAUUCACUGUAGAGAAGCUGCUGGAGCCUCUCAUAAUCCAGGUUACUACACUUGUAAAUUGUCCCCAGAAUCCUUCCAACAGGAAAAAAGGACGUUCAAAAAGAGCCAGAGUCCUUCUAGCUUCUGUGGAGGAAGCAACUUGGAAUUUAUUAGACAAGGGAGAGAAGAUUGCUCAAGAAGCCACAGUUUUAAAGGAAGAGCUUACUGGGGCACUUGAGGAAGUUCGCAAAGAAAGUGAAGCUCUGAAAGUAUCAGCUGAGAGAUUUGCAGAUGAUCCCUGUUAUCUCCCAAAAAGGGAGGCUGUGGUUCAAGCUGCCCGUGCCUUGUUGGCUGCAGUUACCAGACUCCUUAUCCUCGCAGAUAUGAUUGAUGUCAUGUGUCUCUUGCAGCACGUGUCAGCUUUUCAGAGGACAUUUGAGUCUCUUAAAAAUGUUUCCAACAAAUCUGACCUCCAGAAAACCUACCAGAAGCUUGGGAAGGAGCUGGAAAAUCUGGACUAUUUAGCCUUCAAACGUCAGCAGGACCUAAAAUCUCCAAAUCAGAGGGAUGAAAUUGCAGGUGCCCGGGCCUCAUUGAAGGAGAACUCCCCCAUACUGCAUUCAAUUUGUUCAGCUUGUUUGGAACAUUCUGAUGUCGCUUCCCUCAAAGCCAGCAAGGACACAGUUUGUGAAGAAAUUCAGAACGCCCUCAGUGUAAUUUCAAAUGCUUCACAAGGCAUCCAGAAUGUGCUAGUCCCACCAGAACCUCAGGCAGCAACCCUGGGAAGUGCCCUUGAUGAGCUUGAGAAUUUAAUUGUCUUGGAUCCACUCACAGUGACUGAGGAGGAAACAAGACCGUCCCUAGAGAAACGCCUCGAAGCCAUUAUCAGUGGGGCUGCUCUGUUGGCUGACUCUUCAUGCACGAGGGAUUUCCAUCGGGAGCGAAUUAUCGCAGAAUGCAAUGCCAUUCGCCAGGCUCUCCAGGACCUGCUUUCAGAGUACAUGAACAAUACUGGAAAAAAGGAAAGGAGUAAUACCUUGAAUAUUGCAAUAGAAAACAUGUGCAAGAAGACAAGAGACCUUCGCAGACAGCUCCGUAAGGCUAUUAUAGAUCAUGUGUCAGACUCCUUUUUGGAUACGACAGUCCCACUUUUGGUUCUCAUUGAAGCUGCCAAGAAUGGCCGGGAAAAGGAAAUAAAAGAAUAUACUGCGAUAUUUCGUGAACACACCAGCAGGCUUGUAGAGGUGGCAAAUCUUGCUUGUUCCAUGUCAACAAAUGAAGAUGGAAUUAAGGUUGUCAAAGUUGCAGCCAAUCACCUGGAAACCUUGUGUCCACAGAUUAUUAAUGCUGCGCUUGCUUUGGCUGCAAGACCCAAAAGUCAAGUGGUCAAAAAAACCAUGGAAAUGUACAGAUGCACGUGGGAGAAUCAUAUCCAUGUCCUCACUGAAGCUGUAGAUGACAUUACAAGCAUUGAUGACUUCCUUGCUGUGUCUGAGAGCCAUAUCCUAGAAGAUGUCAACAAAUGUAUCAUAGCCUUGAGAGACCAGGAUGCUGAUAAUUUAGAUCGAGCUGCAGGUGCUAUCAGAGGACGGGCCGCAAGAGUUGCUCACAUUGUCACAGGUGAAAUGGACAGUUACGAGCCAGGAGCUUACACAGAAGGUGUGAUGAGAAAUGUUAACUUCCUGACAAGUACUGCAAUUCCGGAAUUUGUAACACAAGUGAAUGUUGCCUUGGAAGCCUUAAGUAAAAACUCUUUGGAUGUGUUUGAUGAUAAUCAGUUUGUGGACAUCUCAAAAAAGAUCUAUGAUACAAUUCAUGAUAUCAGAUGUUCAGUCAUGAUGAUUCGGACUCCAGAGGAACUAGAGGAUGUUUCUGACCUGGAAGAAGAUCAUGAGGUCCGCAGUCACACCAGUGUUCAGACUGAAGGGAAAACUGACCGGGCUAAGAUGACUCAAUUGCCUGAGGCAGAAAAGGAAAAGAUAGCUGAGCAAGUUGCUGAUUUCAAGAAAGUAAAGAGUAAGCUGGAUGCUGAGAUUGAGAUAUGGGACGAUACGAGCAACGAUAUCAUUGUUCUCGCCAAGAAGAUGUGUAUGAUCAUGAUGGAGAUGACAGACUUCACAAGGGGAAAAGGACCACUGAAGCAUACAACUGAUGUGAUCUAUGCAGCUAAAAUGAUAUCAGAAUCAGGAUCAAGGAUGGACGUCCUUGCUCGGCAGAUUGCCAACCAGUGCCCAGAUCCAUCAUGCAAACAGGACUUGUUGGCCUACCUGGAACAGAUUAAAUUCUACUCUCACCAGCUGAAAAUCUGCAGUCAAGUUAAAGCUGAGAUCCAGAACCUAGGAGGAGAGCUCAUCAUGUCAGCGUUGGACAGUGUCACCUCCCUGAUCCAAGCAGCCAAAAAUUUAAUGAAUGCUGUAGUGCAAACAGUGAAAAUGUCUUACAUUGCCUCAACCAAGAUCAUCCGAAUUCAGAGUCCUGCUGGGCCCCGGCACCCAGUUGUUAUGUGGAGAAUGAAGGCUCCUGCAAAAAAACCCUUGAUUAAAAGAGAGAAACCAGAGGAAACGUAUGCAGCUGUCAGACGAGGCUCAGCAAAGAAAAAAAUCCACCCAGUGCAAGUGAUGAGUGAAUUUAGAGGAAGACAUAUCUACUGA